GCCGUCAGUGUUACUGUGGCAGUGUUGAGGGAAAGGUGUGUGUGUGUGCGCGCGCCGCUCUUGAUGCUCCGUCAGCCUCGGACGAUGCCAGGGAGAGAUAUAUAAAGAAGACCCGGGAUUUUGGUGACUGUCAAAAAUGGAGCGGAUCUUCGGGGCGAAUGGGAGCCGGGCGGAGGACGGCGUGCCGGACAUGACCGUCCUUUCGGACAUCAACGAAGACGCCAUCAACCACAACCUCAGGGUCCGAUACCUCCACCAUCGCAUUUACACCUACACCGGCAGCAUCCUCAUAGCCGUCAACCCCUACAAGGAACUUGACAUCUAUGGACCCGAAAACUUGAUGCGGUACCAGGGCCGCAAGCUCCUGGAGGAGGAGCCUCACGUCUACGCCAUCUCGGAGUCGUCGUUCGUCGCCCUCAAGAGAUCCGUCAAGAAUCAGUCCUGCGUCAUCUCUGGGGAGUCGGGCGCUGGCAAGACCGAGACCACGAAGUUCAUCCUUCAGUACCUGUGCUCCGUGACCUCGGGUGUCUCGACCUGGGUCGAGCAGCAGAUCCUCGAGGCCAACACCAUUCUCGAAGCUUUCGGUAACGCCAAGACCGUAAGAAAUGACAACUCCAGCCGUUUCGGGAAGUUCAUGCAGGUGUGCUUUGAUUCCUCAUGGCACAUCAAGGGCUGCGUCAUGCAGGACUAUCUUCUGGAGCAGUCGCGCAUAACUUUCCAGGGCCCACAGGAGCGCAACUACCAUGUCUUCUAUCAGCUGGUUGCCGCUGCGAAGAGCAACAAGGAGAUAGCUGAUCAGUUUCACCUGCGACCUGCUGAAUUUUACACCUAUUUGAACCAGUCUGGCUGCAUUACAAUAGAUGGAGUGGAUGAUCUCAGGAAAUUUGAUGCGCUCCGCUUGGCAUUUAAUGUGCUCCAUGUACCACAGGACAUAUGUGACGGAAUAUACGGGACAUUAGCUGCCAUCCUGUGGCUUGGCAACUUAGAGUUUGCUGAUAUUGAUGGUGAGAACUGCGAACUAACAGACAAAGAUAAAGAGAUCCUGACAAUAGUAUCUGGGUUGCUUGGGCUGAAAGAGGAGGAUCUUCUCGGCACUGUUCUUCAGAGACAAAUUAAUAUCAGAGGCAACAUAACCCACAUCCCCCUUAAGCUUGCUGAAGCUCGAGAAAACAGGCAUGCCAUGGCAAAAGCACUUUACUCCCGCACUUUUGCCUGGUUGGUCGAUCAUAUUAAUAAAUGCACAAACCCUGGACAGGAUCAGACUAGGUUCCUUGGAGUCUUGGACAUUUUCGGUUUUGAGAAUUUUGCUGUGAAUUCCUUUGAACAGCUUUGUAUUAACUACACCAACGAAAAACUGCACAAAUUUUUCAACCAUUACGUAUUUGCAUUAGAGCAAGAAAUUUACCAACAAGAAGAGAUCAAGUUUUCACACAUCACAUUCACUGACAAUACUGAGUGCCUUGAGCUCAUGGAAAAGCCACCCAGAUGCAUUCUGAAACUUUUGUCAGAGGAGUGUCGAAUGCCAAAGGGAUCAGAUAAGUCUUACCUGACGAAGUUGCACCAGGAGUUUGAGACGCAUGCAAAUUACAUCAAGGGAGAAGAUAGAAGAAAAUGGGAAGUGGAGUUUGGUAUUAAUCACUAUGCAGGCAAAGUGAUUUAUACAGUGAAAGGGUUUGUUGACAAAAAUAGGGAUACCCAGCAAGACGUCUUCUUCGAACUGAUGAAUAAAUCAGAAAAUAAAUUUGUGUCGGACCUGACAAGAUUCCAGGACUUGCUUGGAUGCACAAUUGCAAGGAUGGGUGCCAUUCAUAGCACUAUCUCCAGAGGCACCACCAAAGGCAAACCAACUGUCUCGGAUGCUUUCCGUAACCAGCUGCAGGCACUGGUUGAUGUUUUGCAGUCAACAAACCCAUGGUAUGUCCGUUGUAUUAAGCCCAAUAAGAACAAAGCUGCUGACAUGUAUGACGAAGCGAUGGUGCUUGAUCAACUGCGAUACCUAGGCAUGAAUGAUAUUAUCCGAAUUCGUAAGGAGGGUUUCCCAAUUCACAUGAAAUACGAAGAAUUCAUUACCAGAUAUUUCUGUCUCCACAAAAAGAGAAGAUAUCCUGACACAAAGCAACAUGUUUGUGACCUCAUGAAGAAUCAGAAUUUGCCUCCCAAAGAAUGGCAGAUAGGAAAGACCAAAGUUUUCAUUCGUCAGAAAGUUUAUGAGCCCUUGGAGGACAGGAGGCAAACCGUUAUGAUUGCAGCAGCAAUCAGGAUUCAAGAAAACUGCAUUACUAUCUACGAAAGAUUUAUCUUAUUUUUCUCCACAGAGUAUAAUAGGAUACAUGCUGCAUGUUUGACCAUUCAGAAUUACUACCGUGGCUGGAAGCAGCGCCUUGCUUUCAUCAGAAUGCGAAGAGCUGUCAUAAUCAUUCAGUGCAAUGUCAGAGGAAUGUUUGCUCGGGAAGUUGCCAAUGCUUUACGGGAAAUGAAACGCAUAGAGGAAGAGCAACGACGAAGAGAAAGAUUAGAAGAAGAGAGACGGCAGAGGGAGGAAGAGGCUCUUAGACUUGCAGAAGAUGAAGAAAAGAAGAAAGAACUGGAAGAAGCCCAGAGAAAAGUGGAGGAAGAGAUGGCAGCUCUCACUAAUAUAGCUGAGACUGUGAAUAAUCGCCUAGCUACUUCAGGGCCCUCCAAUCCUGAUGAUGCAUCUCAAGGUUCAGGAGAAGGAGUGGACCUGGACAACCUCUUCUCUUUCCUCUCGACAAUGGAAUCGGAGAGGCAUGUGUUGGAUGAAAUAUCAAAACAGAUGGAUGAAGUUGCAGAUGACUUGGAAUCUGAGAUUGAAGCAAUUAACCGGAGUAUGGGACAGAAAAGCGAUGUGUCUCUACCACCACCACCUUCAAUUAGUGAGGAACCCGCACCUCCUCCACCACCACCACCAUCUUCAGAUGCUCUUCCUCCACCUCCAAGUGAACCACCUGUAUCCUUGGCAUCAGUUCCUCCCCCACCACCACCAGGGGCCAUAGAAUCAAAAUCUAAUAGAAUUUCAAAUGAAGUGAAAGAAAAAACAGAUGAAAUUGUGCCUCCGCUACCUCAGGUUAAUGGAUUUCACGAAGAAAAGCCUAAGGAACCAAUUUAUGAAACAAUUCCUGCUGGAUUGGCAAAUGCACAAGCCAGACGAGAACCAAAUUAUGUGUCAGGACCACCUCCUGCAGUGAUAAGUAACUUAAAGAUCAAAAGAAAAGGUAAUAGGUCCUCCUCCAGCUCACCAGAAGAACCGGUUGAGCUUAGAAGGCCACCGCCUGCAGAACCAGCAAAUAUGAAAUUUCAUAUCCAUGAAAUGUUUCCCCUAAGCACUAAGCCUGUUUGCAUGCUUUCUCAGCCACGACCUAAUGGCCGCAAUAGUGCUGCUCCAGAGGAUCCUGAACGAGUAGAACGACGUAAACAACGAGUAGAGCGCAAAUUGCAUGAAUUAGAAGAAAUGGAAGAAAACAAAGAGAAUGAAAGCCAGAAUCACUUUGACAUGAUAGAAUUUGCAGAAAAGUAUUUCAAUAAUCAUGAAAGGUCUCCAGAAGGUACCAUUAUGUCAACAUUGACCCGAAAACGUACAACAACGUCGGAGUAUCUCCCCAAGUACGAACUCAUCACAUAUUCCACUCGCUCUUCAAUAAUUCCAACUUCUCAUGUUCAUUUAUAUGAUCCAGAGAAUAUCAACAUUGCCUGCAGUACCUUUAGGGACUUGUGUAAAUACUGUCGAGGUGAAUUAAAACCUGAACAAGAAACAGUCACCCUUCAAAGUAUCAUUAGCCAUGGUUUAGAACGAGAGGAACUUAGAAAUGAAAUAUAUGUACAGUGUAUUAGACAAGUUACCAACAAUCCAAGUACGGAAUCCUUGGAAAGAUUGUGGCUCCUGCUAUGUUUAUGUGUUGUGGCCUUCCAACCAGGAAAACUACUUCAUAAGUAUUUUGUGAGCUUCCUACAAAAGAACCUUGCCCUUGAAGGAAAGCUUCGACAGUAUGUUCAAUGGCUGAUCGUAGAAAACUGUAAAAAUACAAAGGUAUCCAGCCGAAGGCUUCCACCGUCUUCUGUUGAAAUUGCUGCAAUGAAGAAGCUUGGAACUAUAGUUUGCAGGUUUUUCUUUCUGGAUGGCCGCACCAAGGCAAUCGACGUGCAUCCUCGCGAUACAGCAGGGGAUGCUAUGCAGAAAUUAGCAGACCGUGGGUGGGUCUCAGGGUUAGAGGGUUGGGCUAUUUAUGAAUCUGGUGCUGAUGGUGACAAACAUGUUAAGAGUCACGAAUAUCUCUAUGAUGUUAUUUCAUCGUGGGAAACCAAACAACAGAAAUCUAGUAAUGUUGGGAGCUAUGGGACCAUGAAUAAGAGAGCUUCUCAGUCAGUCAGUGCUGGAGAGAACCGAUUUGUAUUUCGGAAGCGGCUGUUCAGGACGCCUCGGGAAAUCCCUAGUGAUCCUGUUCAAGUUAAUCUCUUAUAUGCUCAGGCUGUGUAUAGUGUAGUAAGGGCUGAUGAGUAUCCAAUUAAUGAGAAAGUUGCUCUUCAGUUAGCUGGUUUACAAGCUCAAGUAGCUCUUGGGGACCCUCAAGAAGGCAAAACAGAAUUUUAUGCAGACAUCACAUCUUAUCUUCCAAGCCGUAUUGCUCAAACUAGAAAGCAAGCAGAAUGGGUAACUACUGUGUGCAACAUGUUCCUAUUCGUUUCACAAGCACAUCGGCAGUAUGGUACUGGGAAAAACAGAUAUUGUAGCCAAAGUGUGGUAUCUGACAUGUGUUAUGCAGUUCCUCUUUAUGGUACCACUAUGUUUCAAGUGUCUUAUCGGGGUUAUUGGUCAUAUGGUAAUACUUUGAUACUAGGUGUCAACUGCGAUGGGUAUUGCCAUGAUCAAAACAGAUGA